UCUGUGAUUCCUCUGCAGGGAGUGGCUGCAGGAAGGGAUAUAAGACCAGAACCCGUCCUGCUCCGCCACACGCUCAUCACACUCUGCAGCAGACAUGUCUUUCCUAUCUAACAUUCCAGGAGGCGACGGCAUCGCCAAGGUUGCCGGGGAGAAGGCAGGGGAAAUUGUGGAGCAAGGAGUGAACAAGAUCAUGGGAGGAGGAGCAGAUAAAGGAGGUCAGCAGCAGCAGCAGCAGGAGGGGGAGAAGAAAGAAGGAGGUGGAGGAGGCUUUGGUCUGGAUGAUGCCCUCUCAAUGGUCAGUGGGAAGAAGGAGGAAAAAGAAGGAGGCUUUGGACUGGAUGAUGCCCUCUCAAUGGUCAGUGGGAAGAAGGAGGAAAAAGAAGGAGGCUUUGGACUGGAUGAUGCCCUCUCAAUGGUCAGCGGCAAGAAGGAGGAAAAAGAAGGAGGAGGAGGAGGUAUUGGUAACUUCGUCGGGGGGCUGUUCAAGUAGGAACCUGGAGUCUUCAUCACCUUCAUCCACCUGAUACCUGCUUAUGGCAUUAAUCAGCUUUAAUAUUUUAUUAACUAAUGUUUAAAAUAACUAAAAGUCAAUUUAAUGCACUGAAUCCUCCUGGGAAAAUGAACCGGUUUCAUAAACUGUAAAAUAUAUUAUAAACUAAUGUCUAAUGUUGAGUUUUUGCUCAUUGAUUGUUCCCUUUAUGCUGGAUUAAAGAAAACCUCAUGAA